AUGGCUGGUUUGAGUGCAGGUUACGACUUAUCUGUGUCAACAUUUUCCCCUGAUGGUAGACUAUACCAAGUUGAAUAUAUUUACAAAUCCAUAAAUAAUAACAACACAGCAUUAAGUUUAGAAUGUAAAGAUGGUAAUAUAUGUUGUUGUAUAAACUCAAAUCUGGAAAAAAAUAAGAUGAUUAGAAAAAAUAGCUAUAAUAGAAUUUAUCAUAUUAACAAUAAUAUUAUUAUGACUUAUGCAGGUUUAGAUGGUGAUGCCAGAAAUAUUAUUGAUCGUGCAAAAAGUGAAGCCAAUAAUUAUUAUUAUAAUUUUCAUACGAACAUACCACUACAUAUUUUAGCUAAUCGAAUUUCGUUAUAUAUCCAUGCUUAUACGCUGUAUUGGCAUUUACGACCAUUUGCUUCCUCAGUUAUAGUUGCUUCUUUUGAUAAAACGGAGAAGGGAGAAAUAUACUGUAUAGAACCUAACGGGGCGUGCUACAAAUACUCAGGAGUAGUCAUAGGAAAAAACAAGGAAAUGUUUAAAACAGAAUUAGAAAAGAAAAAUUAUAAAAACAUAGAAGUUAAAGAGGCCUUAGUUGAUAUAUACAAAUUUAUCUUAACAAGUGAUGACCAUAUGAAUAAGGAUAAUUUGCCAUACUUAGUUAACUUCUCAUGGGUAUGUGAGGCAUCAUCAUAUGAGUUUCAAAAUAUUGAAAAGGAAAUUUUAGAUGAAGCUAUUAACGCUGCUGUAGAUUCAGUGGAGCAGUUAAAUCAGUAA